AGAAGGAAGCCGGGAAAUGAGUGGAUUCAACCAUGAUCAAGCGUGUCACUCUUAAACGGAAGGAACGAUGCUCAGACAAUAAAGUUCGCGAGGCAGCUAGCUACAGCCAUACUCCGUAUGGCCUUCACACACUGACAAAGGCAUGGAUGGUACCUCAUUAUGUCUAGAUAGUCGUUCAUCACAAUUCCAUUCUUAUCCAAAGUAAUCUGGCGCAGAGAAUACUGACGGGAUCUCUCCAGAAUCAGAGCUGUGGAUGCUGUUGCAAAUAACAGCAUGGUGUUGUUGCCGCUCCUUCCUCGGUGUUGAUGAUGUUGCAGAGUGACAGGGGGCAGGGAGAACAGCUGCUUGCCAACUGGUCUCCACCCGGCUGCCGCACAGGCCAUCUGCGCCGACUGCCCCACUUCCUCUGGUGCGGGCCAAUCUGAAUUUCACACCGCUUUCAUAGGGUUUUCAAGCCCUGCCAAAAAUUUGGUGAGCGCCCUUCAAGCAGAGCCACCUCCCAAAUUGCAUCUUGCACGACCGGUGAUACUUUCGACAACAGAGGGACCAGAGGGGCUUGAUCCACAACAUUCACAAUGGCGAUCAAGCACAACCAGCAGAUUCCCAACAACCAUUUCCGCAAGGAUUGGCAGAGGCGCGUGCGGUGCCACUUCGACCAGCCCGGCAAGAAGGUCACCCGCCGUCUGGCGCGCCGUGCGAAGGCUGCUGCCGUUGCCCCUCGCCCCGUCGACAAGCUCCGCCCCAUCGUCAGAUGCCCCACCAUCAAGUAUAACCGCCGGACACGCCUCGGCCGUGGUUUCUCCCUCGCUGAGCUCAAGGCCGCCGGUAUCCCCAAGCUUUAUGCUCCCACCAUCGGCAUUGCCGUCGACCCCCGCCGUGCCAACCUCUCCGAGGAGUCCCUUGCCGCCAAUGUCGAGCGCCUCAAGGCCUACAAGGCCCGCUUGAUCGUCUUCCCCCGCAAGUCCAACAAGGUCAAAAAGGCCGACACCCCCAAGGACCAGCAGUCCGGCGAGACCGUCAAGACCAUUGCCUCCGCUUUCGGUCUUGGUACCCCUCUUGCUCCUGGCUUCACCGAGAUCUCCAAGAGCGACCUCCCCAAGAACGUCGAGGGCGGUGCCUACAAGGCCCUCCGCAAGGCCAGAUCCGAUGCCCGCUACCAGGGCAUCCGCGAGAAGCGCGCCAAGGACAAGGCCGACGAGGAGAAGGCCAAGAAAUAGGCGUCUGGUUCUUCUUUUUGUGUUGGGGUGCAACGGUUAGGAAUGAUUCCCUGAGGUGUUCAUUGGGCUGGUUCUACUGGUCUGCAUUUCUGCUUUUCCCGGUAUCCCGGACGGGAACAAUAAAACGUUCUCUCUCCAUGGCUGUGUAGUUCGGGGGCAGACCCUCGGGUUCGGGCAGAUAACACGCAUCAUAGGGAUUUAGAGCAUUCACAAAAUGAAUGGACAAAGGGAAAAAAAAGCAUGAUUGAUGGCCACACAUGAUUUUCGGGUGAUCAGCGGUAAUUGACUGGGUUUUUCUACAAAUAAUGGUUCAGUUAUGAAUGCUGUUUACAUGUUUCGCUGUUACAACGCUGUACAGGUUGUCCCUCUGGAGUUUACUGCCACUGAUAUACCUCCAUCAACUCUGAACAGUCACACAUCCAGGCUUUAUACGUGAUAAUAGAAGCGUUCCCCCUCAGGCAAGCCAGACGGGGAGUUCGACCCCCAAGU